GGUAACUCCGAUCAACCGAAUUCUCUCUCUUAUUUACACUUCGUCACUUCUCUCUCUAACUUUAGCAUCGGAGGAGGUCCCAGGUUACCCCUGAGGACCUUUCUUGUAAGAUCCCGGAGGUCGCCUCUCAUCUAUCGAAGCCGCCAGGGGUCGUGGAGUCUCACAACCGCCUGGUACGAUCCAGGCAUAAACAUUAACCCCAUGUAUAUCGAGUAACAUGAUCAACAAACAAUGCAAAGUAUUUAUAGCCAUGUCGGAUAGUCACUUAGCUCAAACCCCAAAGAUCAGUGUGAAUGAGGUGAAAUGGUUGGCUCGACGGAAAAAAAAGAUAUGAGUGGUUUUACCUUCUACAGAGCUAGAGCAUGAUAAAUCCUACGGGCAAGUAACUUGAACAUUAUUUCCCAAUGAUCGUUUCUUUAACAUGUGUACAAGUCGACUAGAAUUUAAAUGCCCCAAACAACAUGUCACAACUCAAAUGAAUUAUUGGAGCAAAAUCCACUUUUUGAGAGUCCAAAUGCCGAACAACAUCUAGGCUCUAGCAUCCUAGGUUAUUGGAGAUGGUGUUAGAAGCGGGUGCUCAAUAUUGAGAACACGCAGGUUGGGCUUAGUGGAGGCGAUGGGCGAUGGCGAUUGUGAGGGACAAUCUCCCUAUUCACGACAUUGUCACGAUGGAUUGAUUAGUGAUUACUUGGAGUUAGCAGUUAGCACAAUGUCAUAAUGAUGGCACUGGCACGAUGGAUUUCGAAGAAUUUUAGACGACGAUGGAAUUCUGGAGGAUGCCGGAGAUGCGAAUGCCUAGUUUUCUCUUGUUAUGGUGAUUGUGCCGGCGGCAGAAGCAGAGGCGGAGGCGGAGGCAGUAAAGGAACUUGUUGCUACUCGCUACUCGGUUCUCUCUAGAUCAGUACGUAUCAUAAUUCUUCUUCGGUUUUGUUUCGAACAAGUUCCAUGCCCUUUAUCUUGGUCAUUUAUUUUGUUCUGCCCUAGUCGGUGUGUUGUGUGAAUAGGAAAGGCCUUUGUCUUUGUCAUAUCUUUUGUUCUGCCAUUGUGAGUGUUGUGUGAAUGGGAAUUUGCCUGUGAGUUAUUUCAACCUAAAUAAAUUUCCUUCCUUUGCUUGGCUUUCAUUCGGUUCUACAAGUUUGCUUGGAAAAAGAGAGUAAGACAUAGAUCAGUGGCUCAGUUAAACAUUUGAUGAACAUAAGUGUAAAUCCAUCAGUUCCAUCUGCUUGCCUCCGUUCAAAUGAGUGGAGCAAUGAAUCCAGAUUAUGGGUUUCUGGCUUUCAGCAUAUUUUAUGGCAAGGGAAACCCUGCAUCUAUCCUCAUCCCUGCUUCCCGAGUCGUUAAACUUGCUGGGAUUGCCAUAAGGAAGUUUCGAGCCCAGGAUUCCGGAGGAUUGCCACACAGCUUUGGGUCCUGUGGAUUCUCCAUUAGCACUGAUAAGUGAUAACGACUGAGCUAGUUUGGGAAUGGUCAGUCCCUCGAGAUCGUAAGACUUGCUAGGGCUAAUGCGGCUAUAGCGUAGGCUGUGCUAGAUGCAAGCGAACUGCCUCCUUACUCACAACAUUAUGAAGUAGUUUAAUUUUUGCAGGCAGAACUACACAGCCUUGCUGUUUAUUUGUACUACACUACAACUUCCGUUAGCUCCUGCUAGAGACUCACAGAAGGCAAACAUAACUUGCCAAUUUUAUUAGGAUGGUUCUAGUUAUCUUAUCAGGUAGAAUAGGAUGUGAAUAGCCCCACAGAAAAUUUUCGCUUAGUUCUGGUAUAACCCUAGAUAGGCGAACCUACGUGUGGAGGCAAGAAUUAAUGGCUUCUCUAACUUGACGACCGAUUCCAAAUACAACCGUCAAAUCCAUGGUGUUCUGUGAGCUAGUCUCCAUUCAAAUGAAUGGAGCAGCGAUGCAAUGAGGUAUUUCAACAUCUUCUCCGCCAUAGGUAGCCCUGCACAAAGCCUUCUCCAUGUCCCAGAGCUGUGAGUCCCUAUGGAUUGCAUAAGCAAUUUCAUCACUGUGGAUCCCCUAGAAGUGGUGUAUCCACCAAGUUUGCAGUCCUUGGAGGGGCGACGUAGCAUCAGCAAAGGAAAUGCUGGAUUCAUGUGGAUGUCUCCUUAACAACUGCAUCUAGGUAGUGUAAAUUGGGAAGGUGGAGCUCUUCCACAGCAUGGCUUCAUCCCACUACCUCCUAGCUCUUUGCAUAUAUUUUCCAUUGUAUUGCGGUUGUUGUUGUGUCAGUUAUGCUCUAGCAAGGCCAUGCUUAGAAGUUAGAAUUAAAUAGCUCUAUGAAUCUUGAACGUUUUUGGUAAUUCCUUCAACGUGAACUUUUUAUAUAUGCCCGGACUCAUGAAAUCGUUGUGCCAAUUCUACUCACCAUGGGCCAAUCUUUGUUUAAUGAUCGUCAGUUAUGGUUGCAUUGGCAAGCAUCCAGACCCAAUUGUCAUUUAGUUGAUAUUAAAAACAAAAGAUUUACCCUGAAGAACCUUUCAUCUUCUUCUCCAUCAAUUAUUCCUCUCGAGAGCAUACUCAUGACAGUGCUGGAUGUGGUCAUAAACACCAAUUGGCCAAAGUGCAACGGUUUUCCUCUUUUUCGGUAAACCUACUUAACAGCCUUCUCCUUAAUACGUUGGAGUCGAGCCUUGUGUUGCUCAACAGUCCGUGUACAAAGACCUUUCACAGUUUCUAGCAGUCAGGGCCGUAGUAGGUAAAACCUAUAUCAUUAGCACCAUAAGGAAGAACUCUUGGAAGCAAUCGAGGGAUCCCAACCUGCAAAUGUUAUGUCCUGGUCACAAACUUGUUUAGCUAGUGAUGGUGAGCCAACCAUGACAUACAUCUUAUUUACGUGCUCGACCUUGUAGAUUGGGCCAUAGGCUUCAGCCAGCUCUGUGAAGCCUUUGUGAAGAUGGGUACCAAGAAAUGCAGUUACCCUACUAAUGGUAAGCCACGGGACCAGGUGGCAGUGGAGCUGAAGAUUUGUUGUUGGAUUUCCUGAGCAACUAGAAUACCAUGAUCAAUGCUACAAGUAAUGCAAGCAGAGUUGGGUUGAUAAACUUCCCCUGCUGGCUUCCCUCCACCAUGACUAGAGGCUGUACUCUAAUUCUUUAGAACAAAAUGGCAGGAGGAAGCUCAACUUCAAGUGAAAUAGAGACGGCAAGGACUUUUCAGUUGGGCUGUUUUACAUGUUUAAGGUAGUACUUGGGUGACUUUCUGAUUUUGAUGAAUGAUUGGAAUGACUUUGUAUACUUCUGAUCACGGGAGGAGGUGAUGCAACUUCGAUGAGUGUGGAACUUACCAGAAGUAUCCUACAGCCCGAUAUAUUGAGUGGUUCAUAUAGCUAAUUAGAUGUUAAUUGAUUUCUUUGGUAGCCUUGUAUAUCUGAUUUGGAGUCUCUGCCAAUAAUAGCUUCAGAGUCGUGUCAAUAAGUAAGAUUGCUUCUC